UUGCCCUUGGCCAUCAUCAUGACACUCUAUUGUGAUGUUCCCCAAAGCGGAACCAUGUUAUAUUACUGCUGACUGCAAGAAGGAGGUAGGUCUUCAGUCGCCUACCAUAUCGGGAAAAACUGGCCAUCCUCCUCUCAAGAGACGAUCUGAAGAAUUAUACCUCAAGCAUGCUUUGAGUUCCUUUACAGACAUCCACAGUUAGUAGUUAGGAGUGACAGACAUCGGGAGAUAAUUUGCGUUUGUGAAUCGUGAUGAAAUUCCCAAGGGAAAAGUGUAAAUUUAUUGGCACCUUACUGCUGUCAUUUCUCUCGUUUGUUGUGCUACACUUGACUGUUUUUCGACCGUACUUGUUGGAUCACAAAAGUGUGAAUUUCAUUCCUGGGAUCCCGUUCAACCUCGGUGGCCUAUCAGCCUCGACGCCCAUCAGCAAGAAAAUUUUAGUCGCCACAACUUGGCGAUCCGGAUCGACGUUUCUGGGUGACAUCAUCAAAAGUAUCCCUGGCGUCUUUUAUUCGUUCGAGCCGCUGUUAUACUUGGACCAUCAUCUGGGCUCUAAAACCGAACUGAUCCAGUCCUUAUUUCAUUGCCGCUUCUCCCACGAUUACUUGCAAAGUACCAACGGACUCACCGGUCUCCCGAAUGAUAUGCAGAGGAAUAAACGAGUUUGGGAUGAGUGCAGCUACUACAACCGAACUUUGUGUCAUGACCCGGAGUUUGUCGGCAACCUGUGCUCCAACUUUCCCAUCCAUUUAAUCAAAACGGUCCGGUUAAGAGUUGAGGAAUUAUCGGCGCUGAUAGACAAUGAUCCUUUGAUAACUAAAGAAUGGAAAAUCAUUCAUUUGAUACGCGAUCCCCGCGGAAUCAUGGCUUCAAGAGCCGGCCUCGGUUGGUGUCAGGUCAAUCCGGCUUGCAACAACGUCAGCCGACUCUGCGCCGAGCUGGAAGACGAUGUGGAGUUGACAGAAGGUCUUUUAAAGCGGUUUCCGAAUCGGCAUUAUCUGUUGAAAUUCGAGGAUUUGACUAGCAACGUCGAGAUGGAGACGGACAAACUAUUUCGUUUCUUAGAAAUGCCUGUCACUGUCUCGACCAAAGCCUUUCUCGACAGUCACACCAAAUCAAACGACCAAAAAAUGAAGGAAGAUUUUCUUGACUUUGAGCACUCGACAAUUAGAAAAUCGGAUGCCGUGGCUAACGAGUGGAAAACAAAAAUGACCAAGAAAGACAUUGACAACAUGACAGAGAUCUGUGAACCCGUGUUGAAAAUGUUAAAACUAUUGUAGUACGCUAUAUAAUAACAUAUCCAUACCACCGAUGGUUAGUAACAGGAUAGUAAUAAUGACAUGUGAUAUAUAGACUUUUCUUUUAAUAAAAUACAUUAUUGAAUUGCAAA